AUGUUCGCCAUCCAACCCGCCCAGAACUCUUCCAACGAGACAUCAACCGAUAAAUUCACUCCGAACAUUCUGCCCUGUCGCAUCCACCACGAUGGCCCCGUUGACACGCUAGGUCGCUACUGGACGCCUACCACUGAUGAGAAAGAUCAGAACCUGCAGACAGCCUACUUUCGCGGCCGCAAGCUAAGGGGUCGCCGAGUCGCAAUCCCUGAAGGCUACGAGGGUGUCAUUGCAACCCCCACAGACCGUACGAUGCCUGCUACCCGUACGAGCGCCGACGUCGAGGUCGAGGAAGUCACACCAGAAGAGCCCGUGAAGAUCCUUGAGAAGCAAGGCACCUUUGACGAAUAUGUGGUCUGGGGACAUGAGUUUGUGCCUGCGGCAGAUGAGACCUUUGUUAAGGGAGUGGAGGAGUGGAUUAAGCUGGCUGAAGUGAUGCAUACGACUCCUGACAGUGAAAAGCAAUCGUCUACUUGA